UUGAGUAAGACAGUCAGUUUUCUCUUCCCGGACAGCCUGAGAUUUACCCCGGUGCUUCAAACUACCCACCCACUUCAGUCCCGUUUGAGUCCCGCUGGGGUAGCUUAAACGAGCGGAUCUGAAGCCGCAGAACCAGCGCUUGGCUUCUGGAUCCAGCGAAACUGCUUAUAUUUUAGCCAACGGGCUUCCUUCGCCUACAGUGACUUUAGUACACGCGAAUGACGAGAGCUAGAACUGAUUCGUUUUCAUCACUGUAUUUUUAUCGUCUUAACAUAACGGACUGUUGUUUUAUGGAUUUAGAUUUGAUGAGGCAAACAUAAAGUUUAGAGUGACUUCAGAGAGAUUUGCGUAAAGAAGAAGAAGAGAGAAAAGAGGAGAAAGUACCCCCACAUGAGGGCGAAAUCUGCCUGAACUUGAUUCUGCCAUUCACACAAUAUGAAGAAAUGGUAAAGAAGACACAAAAGCAAACUGCGAAGAUAAAUCUGACUUUAUUCAUGAUAGUGAACAUCAGGACUGUCUUCUAUCCGGGUUGCUGUCUCCGGCAAAAACAAAGUGACUGAAAGAACCCUUGCGGGCAGAAACAUCAAUCAAGAAAACACCUCCUAUGUCGCUGAAUUCCACUGCGCCUGAGAUUAGUCUGAAGAGACAGAGUUGGAUGUGAGAGGCAGCGUGGUGAAGAGAGAGCAAGAUCGAGAGAGGGCACGCGAGUCCAUAGCCCGAGCCAGCGGCAGCAGCAGUGGUGCAGGAGGAGGAGGAGAGAGCUCCAUGCAGUUCAGCACCAGACCGGCCAGCGCCGAGCCGGGCUUCAUGGGGACAUGGACACAGCAGAGCACUGACAGCAACCUCCUCUUCAGAAUGUCCCAGCAGGCUAUCCGCUGUACUUUGGUAAACUGCACAUGUGAGUGUUUCCAACCUGGAAAAAUCCACCUGCGGACAUGUGAUCAGUGCAAGCAUGGAUGGGUUGCUCAUGCUUUGGACAAGCUGAGCACACAGCAUCUAUACCACCCAACACAGGUGGAAAUCGUCCAGUCCAAUGUGGUGUUUGACAUCAGCAGCCUAAUGCUGUAUGGGACUCAGGCAGUACCUGUGAGGUUAAAAAUCCUGCUGGAUCGUUUGUUCAGUGUGCUCAAACAGGAAGAGGUUCUGCACAUCCUCCACGGCCUGGGAUGGACCCUCAGAGACUACGUUAGAGGCUACAUAUUACAGGAUUCUGCAGGCAAGGUGCUGGACAGAUGGACCAUAAUGUCCAGAGAAGAAGAGAUCAUCACUUUGCAACAGUUUCUGCGCUUUGGUGAAACCAAGUCUAUUGUGGAAUUGAUGGCCAUCCAGGAAAAGGAGGGGCAGGCAGUCACAGUGCCAUCAUCGAAGACUGACUCUGGCAUCAGAACUUUUAUUGAAAGCAAUAAUCGCACUCGUAGUCCUGGGCUUCUUUCACACCUGGAGAAUAAUAGUCCCUCAAGCAUUCACCAUUUUGAGAACAUCCCAAACAGUCUGGCUUUUUUGCUGCCCUUCCAGUACAUCAACCCAGUGUCAGCCCCUAUGCUGGGACUGCCACCAAACGGACUAAAUAUAGAGCAAUCAGGUCACAGAAUGCGAGAGGCAAAUCUGCCCAGCCAGAGUGAGCCAGUGGAGACCAGUGAGUCUGAGGUGUCACUUUCACCUUUUCGUAGUGUGCAGAGCCCCAGUCGAGGAGCAGUGGGAGCAUUCCCCAACUCAAUUGAACUUAAAACAGAACCCAACAGAGCUUCACCGAUCUCCCCAACAACAUCCACACACCAGUCUCAGCAGUCACAGACACCACAGCAGGAACAACAGGGGCAGCAACAGUCAGGUACUCUCAACAACCACCAAAUCCAUCAUCAUUUCGAAAAGAAUGAACAAUCCAAACCCAUUACACACUCUUCGUUCUCUUCCAAAAUGCAUAGAAUACGCAGAAUGGGUUCAACCUCACGCAAGGGUCGUGUCUGCUGCAACUCUUGUGGCAAAACAUUCUAUGAUAAGGGCACCCUAAAGAUCCACUACAAUGCUGUGCAUCUAAAGAUUAAGCAUCGUUGUACUAUUGAAGGUUGCAACAUGGUUUUUAGCUCAUUACGCAGUCGGAACCGUCAUAGUGCCAAUCCAAAUCCUCGCCUACACAUGCCUAUGCUAAGAAACAACCGGGACAAGGAUCUAAUUCGCUCUAGUUCUGGUACAGCCACACCUGUCAUAUCAAGUGCCAAAAGUGGCUUCACUCUAACUAGCCCUGGACGGCCUUCACUAAGUUUUGCCACCCCACCUCUUGACCCUUUGAUACAGUCACCUUUGCAGAGCCCUCUUGCCUUCCCUUCUCUGAAGUCUGUGCAGCCAGUGCAACCGGUGCCACCUUUUUAUCGUGCACUACUCUCCCCUGCUGACCUAGUUAGUCCCCCAGUGUCUUUGCCCACCAGCCCUAUACUGCCUACCACAACAAACAGCUCAUCCUUAACAGAUCAGCAGCAAAAGAUGUUAUCUGCAGGCUCCCACAACAACCAUGUUUCUGAAACAGGAACAUUUUCUCAUUGCCUUCCCACAACUCCCACUAUCCAAGAUUCCACCAUUCUUGAUCCCAUGCCUAAAAAGAAGCCACGCAAAUCUAGCAUGCCAGUCAAGAUAGAAAAAGAAGUGAUAGAUGUGGCAGAUGAUUACGAUGACAAAGAUGAUGAAGAAGAUAGUUGUCAUCACCAGUCAUCCCACCUGCAUAACAAUAUCAAUGGCAACUGCAACAACAACAAUAACAGCAUUUAUCAUUAUGAGUAUAGCCGACAUGAUUCCCCAUCACAUAAUGAAAAUAGUCCAAGUCUAGCCCUUAGAAGCAUACUCCGUCCUGACCAAGACGGAUGCAGUGGGAAUUUAGGUGGUAAAGUCACUAGUGACCUACGCUGUAUUGACAGCUUUACCUCGGAGGACCAAGAUCAUGAGCGUGACUUUGAAAACGAAUCAGAGACAUCGGAACCCAAAAUGCUUUACCGUGAUGAGCUAAUGGACACUGACAUGCCUGCCCUUGGGAAAAAGGAAGGAAAAAAACAGCAAGGGGCAGAAGAUGAGGAACACCUACGGAAAGAUUUGGAGGAACAAAGCCAUUCCCCAUCCUCUCAACACCAGCCUGUUAUCAAAAUUAAGGAAGAGAUCAAUGAUCCUGCUUAUGACAUGUUUUGCAUGGGUCAGUAUAGCCUUUACAAUGGGGGUAUGGCAGUUGCCACUGCAGCCAGUAUGGCUGCCUUACAUGAAAGUUUUAUCUCCUCUAUGGGCUAUGGAACAAGCCCACCAAUGUUCCCCUCUCAGUCCCCUGAGGGUGAUCUCUACUCCAGCCCUGAUCCUAAGAUCUGCUACGUCUGCAAAAAGAGCUUUAAAAGCUCCUACAGUGUCAAACUACACUACAAGAAUGUACACCUCAAAGAGAUGCAUGUGUGUACUGUCGCUGGAUGCAAUGCUGCAUUUCCUUCCAGGCGGAGCAGAGAUAGACAUAGCUCCAACAUCAACCUGCACCGCAAACUACUGACCAAAGAGCUAGAUGACAUUGUACUGGACCCCCAGCUUACGACCCUGCCUAAGGAUCUGCGUGCUGAGUUCUUGUCAAAGAUCUAUGCUGGCCACAAUUUGGGACUUGAGGGGGUGGAGAGUCCAGUCAGUGGCCCACAACAAGGCAUAGGCUACCAGAAGAUGGGAUCUUCAGCCACUACAGUAUAUUCACACAGCAACGGCUAUUAUCAUGGCACCACUGAUGACUACAUGGUUCUGGACCUGAGCACCACCUCCAGCAUACAGUCAAGUGGCAGUGUGCAGUCCUCACAGGAGUCUGAUGACGGUAGCGAUGAGGGCAUCCUGCUGGAUGACCUGGAUGGUACAAGUGACAUUGAUGACUGCAACCUCAGCACUGGGGAUGUGCCACUGGAGGGUAGGGAUGGGGAAGAGACCAGGAAAGACCGACGAGUAGAAAACCUAGAGGAUGAGUUUCAACGCUGUGACCCAACAAUCUCACCAUAUAUCUUGCCAUCUAGUGGAGGUAAUGGAGCAAAUGGCAUCCUUUGCACCAUCUGCCACAAAAUGUAUAGUAACAAAGGUACUCUUCGGGUGCACUACAAAACUGUUCAUCUGCGUGAAAUGCACAAAUGCAAAGUACCUGGCUGUAACAUGAUGUUUUCUUCUGUAAGAAGCAGAAACAGGCAUAGCCAAAACCCCAACCUACACAAAAAUGCCCCCUAUACCACAAUGGUUGAUUAGAACAGACAUCCUUCCCUACCCUGUUGCCCCAAGCUACAUGUAGGGUAAGUGUACCCAUUAAGCCCACCAAAAUCUUUUAAUCCAUUUUUUAAAAUAAAUAUUAAGAUAGUAUAAAAUUUGGUAAAAUGCCAGAUUUAUCUCUCAUUUGAAAAUAAAUGAAUUAGUUGAUGUACAUUUUAGAAUAUAAAAUAAAGAUAUUUUAUGAAUAAAGUCAGAAGUCUGGAGUGGGAUUAAUUGGUACCAUUUAAGCCCACGUGUUCCAUAUAAACCCACUUCACGAUUGAUUCACAAAAUAUAAAAAUGACUAAUUUUGAAGUAAAACAUUAAUAUAUUUUUUCAGUGACAGGAAAACGUAAAAAAAAAAAUUUACCAAUGUUUGCGAGUGCCUGUACUUAAUAACAUUCAACAUUAUUAACAUGCAGUAUUCAAAACUGUUCGAAUGCAACCCUUAUGCAAUAAUUUAAAAUAAUUUGCUCUACAAAAUUAUUUAUGAUAUAUUUAUUUGUUGAUGAAUGUAAAAUGAAUCACAAAACGUUCAGGGGUGGUGUCCCGGACAGGGCAUAUCCUAGUCCCAGACUAAAAUGCAUUUUUGAGCUAUCUUAAUUUGAAAAGAUCCGACAUACUGUCUUUAUUCACAGUAUUGUUUUUUGUAAAAACUACUUCAAUCUCAUAAUAUUACUAAGGCCUUGCUGCUGGAUUAAUCUAAACCCUGUUUGGGAAACAGUCCCAUAGUGUUUGUAGUUUACAUGCUUAAUUUUUUGGCAAUCUUCAAAAUCUUCAAAAAAAGGCUGGUUUGACCCUGAAAUUAGCUUUGUGUGCAAGCUAAUAAAAUCUUUUCAUUUAAAGAAAUAUGAUAUAAAAAGAUAAUGCAGUAAUUGUUCAAACACAAAAAAACUAAAAAUGUAUCUCUCAUUUGACAUAAUAUCAAUGCAAUUACCAAAGAAAUGGCAAAAUAUUGCAGAAAUUAUUUCGGAAAGGUCCUGAAACACCAAAGUUUAGGGGUGACUUUGUGUGAGGUCUACUGAGAGAGCAUCCACAUAAAUGCGUUUAACUCACUGAUCUAUAUAAAUGACUGGAUUGCGCAUAGAACGCUUGACGUAACUGCGUGAGGUGAAGCCAGCGCAGAGUUCGAGCGGCCAUCUUGGUAUACCCAACAGGCAGAGGGCGUCAUUGACUUCCAUUCAAAAUCAUGAUCAAAAUGUACCCCCUGUACAGCGUAUCGGUUACUUAAAAAUAAGAUUAUUUUUAAGGAUAUGUGUACGUUAAUUAUUUUGUUAAUUCUGGUGUUAUUUGCAAUGUUUAUGUUUUAAUCGGGCAGGAUAAUGGAUUUAUAAAAAAACGUUAAGGUGAGUGUGUCUGCUGCAUUCUGUUAAUGACACGGGUAUAAAUAAAGUUUUGUUUGACAUUCAGCUACACGGUGACGGUCAGCGUUAUUUCUCUAAAUAAGUUUAGGUAACUUGUAAGUUUAGAUAACAUAAUUACAAAACCAGCAAAUUAUUGCAUGCACAUACGGUACAAAGAUUUAGAUUUCAGAAUGAGCACGUUUAUUGUCAUUAAUACUAAAUAUGCUUCGGUCUGUCUGCUGAUCUGAUACUGUAAUAAAGAUGAAUGUAUAAUAACUGAUUAAAACGCAAAAUGUACAACUUUCAGUAAAUAACUAUUUACAUGCUUAGGACGUUUGUGUUGUAAUAAUGUACAUGGUAACUUCAGAUAUAAAAACGAAGACGAGUAAAGUGAUGUUUUAUCAUUAAAAUCUGAUAACGUCCAUUGAUUUAAUAGAACGUUUGGGUAUACCAACAUGGCGGCGCAGUGGCUUCACAAGUGUGACGUCAUGCGCAAUCCAGUCAUUUAUAUAGAUCAGUGGUUUAACUUAACAUUGAUAAACGUGAUUGGAAUGCAAUAAAAAUGUCAGCGAACAAACAAAUUACUGAACUGGUUAAAAUAAUGAGCUGCAUAAAAUAUGAUUUUCUCUUUUUUAUUAUUUGACGUCAAAGUUGAAAGUGGCUUAAAGGGUACAUGGGCUUAAUGGCUACUUACCCUACUCCGUGUAACAGCCUCCUCUCCACUGCACAGCAGCCAUUACAUAACAUCGUAUGAAGAGCAUAGAUUAUCUCAAAACCGAAAGCAGCAUUGUGCCCAUUUUACAUUUUUUGUUUUUGGAAGCAUAUGACUGAACAUUAGACAACAUAGGACCCUCUAUGCCUGACUCAGAAGUCUUUUUGAUCUUUUAUUUGUUACUGUUGCCUGCAGAAAUGAUAAUAAUGAUAAAAAAAACUUGAUGUAUUUGUGUAAUGACAGCUUUUAAGUAUCCCUUACAAGAGCAUGAAUGGCUUAAAUAUGUAAAUAAUAAUGUCCUGAGGGGCUUUGGUGUAAAACAUUUGUAUUGAUGGUUGAUUUUUUUCUUUUUUUGUGUUACGGGUGGGUUGGUUGUCCAAAACAUUCACUUUGAAAGUUAAUCAAGGCAAAGUAGGAUUUACCUAGUUCUUUUAUGUUGGGUUUAACAUGUUUUACCUUAAAAAGAGAAAUUAAAUUCAUGUGACUUGUGACUUGUUUUAUCUACCUGUUAGAUAUUCAGAUAGAGCUGGCAUGCCUUUAGCUCUAAAAAAGAUACAUUUUUUUCUUUUAUUUUCUUAUGUUUAUAGCUUUAGUAUAAAAAUAAAAGAACAAAAACCAGUUUUGCACUUUGCAACUAUAUGAGUGGUAUUAUUUUAUGGAUAAAACAUAAUGAUGGUUGUCCAACAUGAAAGUAACAUUUUUAAGAACACAGUGCCAGCUGUAAUUACUGAACCUUUAACAGAAAUGCCAUAUCUUCAUAUGAGAGUAAUCACAUUUGACAUGAAGGAAAAAAUAAGUGUUACCAGUAAAAUGUAUGGUUAAUUGCUGAAUUUGCUCAAAGAUUAGGAAGGCAAUCUUUUAACUGCAUGUAGUGUUACUGUAAAACAUUUAGUCUCUCUUUUGUCUUUAUUAAUUUGAUCCAUUUAAUCCUCUGCAAACUGUCUGAAUCUUUUAACCCAUUUAAGCAUAACAAGACAAUGGGGAAAUUGGUACUAAAUAUUAUACAGUUAAAAAGUACGUACAUAUGGGCAUUAUUUUGUAUCUGUGGUAUGGCUACUUAUUACUUUUAGCUCACUUUUAACAACUAAUCCCAUUGCUAUCAGUUGCUGUCAAUUUGAAUAAAUGCAGUAAAGCAAUACUUGUACUCAAUGUGGUUUAAAAGUAUUAAAGCUGGAUAAAGACAUGGGGGGGGGGGGUGCGGAUGGAAUUAGGAGAGGAAACAAUAGUAUAUGCAUUAUUAACAAUAUAAUGUUCCAAUGCUCCAAUGUAUUUCUGAACCAUUACCUCACAUCAAUUCAUUAAGUAAACCUACACUCACGUAAAUGCUGGAUUGAUUCAACCUAUGGUUGGGUAUAAUACAGUAUGCACAAACCCAACCACUCGGAUAAAUGAACAUAGAAAAUGUCCAUAUCUGACCCAGGGCCGGUUCUAGAUAUUUGGAGGCCCUAGGCAACAUUCAUUUUGGAGGCCCCCCACACACCUCUAACUUUCAGAAUAAUGCGAAAAAGUUUUUUUUCUACCCUGUAAGAAAUCAUUUAAGCACUAUACAGUGAUUAAGCAUCUUUUCCCUAUUACUUUUCUGUUUUAUCAAGUUAACAAAUUGAUUAAAUUAAUGUUAAAAUGUAAUUGGAAAUUAUGCAAAACCACAUCUGUUAACCAUUUUAAUGUAGGUCAAAUUUGUUGUUGUUGCGGAUGCAGAGUUAAUAAAGUUAUCUAUCAGACUAUAGAUAUAUUCAUAUGUAUUUCAAUACCUUUUUAUACAUUAAAUAUCCAAACAAAUCAGCUGCCAUUGGAAAUUAAACAGACAAACUACAGAGCAGAAUAAUAAAUAUUUUUUUUCAAUAAAUAUGCAUCAUAUUUUCAUGAUUUGAAAACUAAAAUAAGUGUAGAGGACAUGCCAUACAGACAGUUUAUUUUAGGUAACGUCAGUUUUGUUUGCUGUUUGACUUUUAAUACAAACAUUUUUAACUGUACUAUUGUCAGUUCCCAACGUGAUGCUAUCAUGCACACGCAUUCAAAGUGUCUAAACAGAGUCAGCAGCGCUCAAGUUUGAUCUGUCCUGAAAUUAUGUUGAUACACAGAAGAACAAUGCUAAGUUUAUUUUUAUGCAGCGGCGCCGCAUAAAGUCGAACUCACAUUAAAACUUCAUCUAUUGCUUGCUGUCAGUAGUGAUUGUCGGACUAGCGAACAUGGAUUUAGCAGUUACGGAGGCCCCCUUCCGAGCUUGAGGCCCUAGGCAUUUGCCUACUCUGCCUAUAGGUAGCGCCGGCCCUGAUAUGACCCAACCAUGCACUGUAAAAAGAUUU